UCUUCCUCGCACACACUUUCUCGGUUUCUUUUUCUUUUGCCUGAGCUGUCGAGAGCAAGCGCUCCCACUGCUCCUGCACCAUGCUGCCCUGGAGGAGGAAUAAGUUUGUUCUGGUGGAGGACGAGUGCAAGAGUAAACCCAAGAGCCUGGGGACCGGGCUGACCUACCACUCCAUCCUCUCCUCUCUUCUGCGCUCCUGUCCGGACCUGCUGCCCGACUGCCCCUUCGACUGGGUGGGCAACAUCUUCCAUACCAAACGGCAAAAGGUAGAACUCAAUAAAGAGGACCCGGUUUACAACGUGCGCUACCUGGGGAGCGUGGUCACCAUCACGGCAAAGGGCGACGGCUGCACCCAGGAGGCCGUGGCCAAGAUCUGGGCGAGGAGCAACUACGGGGAGCAGAGUGUCAAGAUGAGGUUGACAGUCGGACCGCAAGGCAUCCGGAUGAGUGCUGACAAAUCCGGGAAAAAGAAACCCAUCCAUCUUUACUCUCUGAAUAGAAUCACACAUUGCGGCAAUGACCCGUCACGGCCCAAGAUCCUGGCUUGGAUUUACAGGCACCAGGUCAAGAACAUGGCCGUGGUGCUCCGGUGUCACGCCGUCCUGGUCAGCAAGUCAGAGAAGGCCCGGGUCAUCGCCAACAGCCUCGACCAGAACGCCACCUCCGCCUUCAGCGAGUUCAAGCGGCUGAAGCGUCAGAGCGAUUUCCGGCACUGCCAGCAGCAGCUAGUGGGCGAGGAAGCGGUUCCCCUGAUGCCCCUGAGGAGGCUGCUGAACGGGCAGUGCCACUACAGACCGCCUGCCGACAGUCCCGGGUGCGCCACCCGCCUCUGCUCUAUCACGGAGGAAGAAGAAGAGGAGGAGGACGAGGACAGCGAAUAUGGCGUUCAGGAAAUGGAGAGACCAGUGGAGGAUGUAGAGCAGCAGCAGGGGAAACAUAUUUUCACAACAAACACAGACCCCACUCAGUUAUUAUCAGAGUUGGACAUCGGGGAUAUUGUCCGACUGGAGCAGUGCCACAUCCACUUUGUCAGUGACAGCAACAACAACACGUUUACAUUCGUAACCUCUCUGGUGUGACAGUUCAAAGAACUCAACACUCCAGGAACACAUUCCUCUCUUAGCCCCUCACUGGUGCGCCACUCAGGCUCACUCCUGCCCCGUCCAUGUUAUGUGAAGUGUUUACCGGAAACUUCUCCAACUCUACCGGGUGCUGGUGAAAAGGCGGACGGUCGUUCUGUGGGAGUAAUUUCUGUUCUGGCCAGAUGGCUGAAAAGCCGGUUUGACUGUAGCAGAUUGGGAAACUGCGUGUUUACAAAGGGGGCCGGCGACGUACCGACGCACGGUGAAGCACAAUGACGAACGAGGAUGACGCUGAGCUCACUGGGUCGCAUAUUGAUCACGGCACCAAGCGGGAUGUUUUCAUUCGUCUAUUAUUGUUUUAUUUUUGUGAGUAUGACUAAAGCCGUGUUUGCCAGCGGGGAAAUUUUUUCAGAUCGACUUGUAAUAUUUUUUCAGGGACGUUCUUUUUAAAUCUGUCAUUUUUCUAGUAGGACAAUCCUCACUAAAUUUGCCAGCAGACUGACCUUACCGAGUGCUUACAAUUGCGAGAAGUUUAUUACGGAUUUACUAAUGAUGACGGGCAACUAAUGAAUACGGCUAUAAUUUAGGAAGCAAGCCAUUGAGUUGACAUGUUUAUUGCUGUCAUUUGUUACAGCCCUUAUCAUUUAUGCAUGCCGUGUCAGCAGUAACCUUUUCGUGCUGAGCUUUUGUCUUAUUCAUGUCACACCUUUGAUCCUUCGGCUUUUAAAAUUAACACUGUGAUAAAUGUGUGGCCGGAGAUAAACUACACAAUUGUUCAUUCAUUUAUGUCUAAUUCAUCUAAUGCUUUUCUUUCCACAUUCCCAUUGCAUCAUCAUCUGGCUUGUCAAAACAACAACAACGGAUCUCAUUGCUUUGCUAUUUGUAGCCACGUUUUGCAAAUGCAGAUUUUCCACAUGAGCCCUGAUGGAAGCUUACAAUUCAACCCAAACUGUUUUGAAUAUGAUUUUAGCUCAUUUCCUCUUGAUAAUAUAUGUACACUUAUCUAAAAAUGCAUUGUGAUAACUAUGAGAUGAAGCUAUUUAUUUUCCAAAUAUAAUGAAUAAAAAUGCCCUUCAAUUGGGUUUUCUUCUUGAAUCACAGAGGGAGUGUAUUUCUAGAUAUUUUCCAAGAGAUUAUUCAAAUGAAUCCAACAACUUAGUGUUCAUUUGCAUAUUUCCUGAUGUAAAAAUACAUCUGACCUACACUUCAAAAAAAAAGAAAAAAAACACCAGCAUAAUCUGCUUCGUGAGUUUCAGUGAAUUAUUUUUGCUACAAGAAAAGACACGAUUUAAAACUGUCAGUCCCAUUACUUGUUAAUGUGGUUUGAGAAAUGUCCGCAGGCCUUCUCAGCCAUUUUACUCUGAGGGGAGCAAUUAAUCAGCGCAUUGAAUUGUUCAGGAAAUGAACAUAAAGCACCUGGCUCGGCACGACUGCUGUCAGGCUCUGACGGAGGCAAGUGAUCCAAAACGAGGACCAGGAAGUUGACUCACCCGUUAACCAUUUUACUGCAAACAUCAGCCAUUUUAGCGAUGACAGAGUCUUUAAGAUGUUUUCACAAACAUCGGCGAGUGACGACGACUAAACAUUUAUAAGUAGAGCAUCCCUGUCUUUGAACAAAAAUGUAUUUUUAUUUAAU